AUGUUGUUCCACGGUCGCAUUUCGUCAGUGUCCCACGGAUUCUCAGCCAACGUAUCUACAGAAGAGUUUACGCCUCUGCAGCAGGAGCAGCAGCAGCAGGAGCAGCAGCAGGAGGAGCAGGAGCAGCAGCAGCAGGAGGAGCAGCAGCAGGAGGAGCAGCAGCAGGAGGAGCAGGAGCAGCAGCAGCAGGAGGAGCAGCAGCAGGAGGAGCAGGAGCAGCAGCAGCAGGAGGAGCAGCAGCAGGAGGAGCAGCAGUAG